AUGAAUAUGUUACAUAUCUUUGGGAUAAUACUCACUAUAACUUCUUAUAUUGUAGCGGAAGAUUAUGAAGGCAACAAUGAAUUCUCCAAUUCCACGAUCCACAAAGCGUACCAGACGGGAGUCGAAUUGGGAAUAAUAGAUAUCGAAAAAUAUCCUUUUCAAACAUUUCAAAGCGACGAGCGAAACAUCUUCCGGGACGUAUUCAGGGAAUACACUUCGUUAAAUGGUAGCGAGCCUAUUAAUUACCAAGAGUGGCUUAUUAUGAACAACUUUGGCAUCUUAGUUGAUACCCAGGAGUCGUUGUUUGCGAGGAAAAUCGCAAAACGGAGCACGGCUGAUAACAAACGGCGCUUUGUCAAUACAGUUCGGAAAGGAGACAUUCUUAUAACGGGAAGAGGGAUUGGUGGGCUGAUAGGCCAUGCUGCUAUUAUGACCACGGAUUAUUGGGUCCUGGAAAUGCCUGGUGGAAGAGGAUGGAACACUGGUUUAAAAAAUAACAACAGACAGAUAAGCAAACACGCCUGGUUUGAUCAACAUAGAUCAGAUUGGACAACUGUAUAUCGAAAUAGAGACAGAGCAGUCGCCCAACAAGCAGCUGUCUGGGCUGACCACAAUUAUUAUAACCCCAGGGGAGGUGCUAAGAAGACAAUACACGUCACAUACAGAAUAACCACAGACAUCAGGUCGAAGAACCCGAGCUACUGUUCCAAGCUGGUGAUCCAGGCGUAUUACUUCGGGACUAAGAAGAAGGUCAUCAGGGGUUUGGAUAUUAGUGGAAGGAUUAUUAUACCUACGAAUAUACCUAUUUAUUUUAAACAUCCGUUCACAUUAGUUAAUAAGGGGAAAUAUUAG